AUGAGGCUACGGCACGUUCACUUACCUGGUCUGACACCUUACCUACGGGCAUCAGCUAUACAAGAGCACCUCGUUCGCCUUCAUUUAGAUCACAAAGCCUCUCAAUCAACGGCUCCAGCUCCCGGUCCCGUCCUCCUUACCUUCCAGACCCCUCCAACAUACACCUGCGGCCGGCGAGAAGUUGGUGCGCUUUCACACGAGCAAAAAGCCCACCUCAGGGCUCACAGGAAAGCUGAAUUCCAUGAAGCACUCCGUGGCGGGCAAACUACCUUCCAUGGCCCAGGACAAGUGACGGCUUACCUCAUUCUCUCGCUUCGAGAGCAUAAUCUAAACGCCAGAACUCAUGUUCGGCUCCUCGAAGACUCAGUAAUAGGUACGUGCGAAGGGUAUUGGCUUGAGGCCCGUACGACCGAAAACCCAGGGGUAUGGAUUGGACCUAGCUCGAAUGAACGCAAGCUCGCCAGUGUAGGAGUACAUCUGAGACGGCACAUUGCAAGUCAUGGGGUCGGGUUGAACGUCACUGUAAAGCUCUGGUGGUUUGAUAGGAUUGUGGCUUGCGGACUACCAGAGAAAAAGGCCACGUCAAUUGAGAAGGAAUAUCAGAACAUAGAGCCGGACAAGGGACCAAAUGCGAAAGCACUUGGUCCCACCAGGGUGCCUGGAAAAUGUCGGCCCGUCCUCCAGUUCUACGACAAUCCUAGAGUGAUGCGGCAAGUGGCUGACGGCCUCGCGAAUCAAGUGGCAUCACGUUUGUCGGGCGUUGACGGCAGGGUAGAGAAUGUUACUGAAAAGAGCAUAAGGCCGGGAGAAGUCCACUACCCAUAG